AGCCGCGGGCGGGAGGACGGACGGACCGACCGACGGGAGGGACGGGAGGCGAGCAAGAUGGCGCAGACUCAGGGCACCAGGAGGAAAGUCUGUUACUACUACGACGGGGAUGUUGGAAAUUACUAUUAUGGACAAGGCCACCCAAUGAAGCCUCACCGAAUCCGCAUGACCCACAAUUUGCUACUUAACUAUGGUCUCUACCGAAAAAUGGAAAUCUAUCGCCCUCACAAAGCCAAUGCUGAGGAGAUGACCAAGUACCACAGUGAUGACUACAUUAAAUUCUUGCGCUCCAUCCGCCCAGAUAACAUGUCUGAGUACAGCAAACAGAUGCAGAGAUUCAACGUUGGUGAGGACUGUCCGGUAUUUGAUGGCCUGUUUGAGUUCUGUCAGUUAUCUACUGGUGGCUCUGUGGCAAGUGCUGUGAAACUUAAUAAGCAGCAGACGGACAUCGCUGUGAAUUGGGCUGGGGGCCUGCACCAUGCAAAGAAGUCCGAGGCAUCUGGCUUCUGUUACGUCAAUGAUAUCGUCUUGGCCAUCCUGGAACUGCUAAAGUAUCACCAGAGGGUGCUGUAUAUUGACAUUGAUAUUCACCACGGCGAUGGCGUGGAAGAGGCCUUCUAUACCACAGACCGGGUCAUGACUGUGUCCUUUCAUAAAUACGGAGAGUACUUCCCAGGAACUGGGGACCUACGGGAUAUUGGGGCUGGCAAAGGCAAGUAUUAUGCUGUUAACUACCCGCUCCGAGAUGGGAUUGAUGACGAGUCCUAUGAGGCCAUUUUCAAGCCGGUCAUAUCCAAGGUAAUGGAGAUGUUCCAGCCCAGUGCGGUUGUCUUACAGUGUGGCUCUGACUCCCUGUCUGGGGAUCGGUUAGGUUGCUUCAAUCUGACCAUCAAAGGGCAUGCCAAGUGUGUGGAAUUUGUGAAGAGCUUCAACCUGCCUAUGCUGAUGCUGGGAGGAGGCGGCUACACAAUUCGUAACGUUGCCCGGUGCUGGACAUACGAAACGUCUGUGGCCCUGGACACAGAGAUUCCUAAUGAGCUUCCAUACAACGACUACUUCGAAUACUUUGGACCAGAUUUCAAACUUCACAUCAGUCCUUCCAAUAUGACUAAUCAGAACACUAAUGAGUACCUGGAGAAGAUCAAACAGCGACUGUUUGAGAACCUGAGAAUGCUGCCCCACGCACCUGGAGUCCAAAUGCAGGCGAUUCCUGAGGAUGCCAUUCCAGAGGAGAGUGGCGAUGAGGACGAAGAAGACCCUGACAAGCGCAUCUCGAUCUGUUCCUCGGACAAACGAAUUGCCUGUGAGGAAGAGUUCUCGGACUCGGAUGAGGAGGGAGAAGGUGGUCGCAAGAACUCUUCUAACUUCAAAAAAGCCAAGAGAGUCAAAACAGAGGAUGAAAAAGAGAAAGACCCAGAAGAAAAGAAAGAAGUCACAGAAGAGGAGAAAACCAAGGAGGAGAAGCAAGAAGCCAAAGGGGUCAAGGAGGAGGUCAAGUUGGCCUGAGCAGACCUCUCCAGUUCUGGCUUCUUGCCAAGUUCCCCCACCUUUCUCCCCCAACCCCUCAGAUUUUAUAUUUUCUAUUUCUGUGUAUUUAUAUAAAAAUAUAUUAAAUAUAAAUAUCCCCAGGGACUAGACAGGAACCAGGGCCCUGAGCCCAGGGCACACGUGCUGGGUGAGCUCUUCUAGUAGCUGCCUUGCCACCCAUCCCUCCCCAGUUCUUAAUUUUGAACCAUAGAGGGUGCCAGGUCUGGGUGGAAGGGAUACUCUUAAGCAGCCAUAAGACAAAAUCCUAAAAUGCCAAGUGCCAGCUUAGUAGCUUUGGAAAGGUGUCCUCAUCGAGUAUUCUAGAAGGGGUGGCUGGGUCUUCAGGUACCCUCUGUUCUUUUCAGGCUCCUCAAGGUAACAUCAGCCAUUUUUAGAUUGGUUCUGUUCUCAUCUUCCCACUGGUCCCAGGUGAGCCCAGAAGUUCACACUGCCUGCCCUCUGUCUUCCCCCAAUUCUGCAGGUGGAGAUUGGUAGUCUAGUUUACUUCUUGAGAUACUAUUUUCAUUUUUGUGAGAAUCUUUGUAAUAAAAUGGUACAUUUCUGUACCCUUCUGAGCCUGUC